CCGUCCGGUCGCUCUCCGGAGCCGCUUGCAGUGCGGGCCCAGGGAAGCGGGUGGACCUCCCCGGCGCGUUACGUCGCCCUCACUUCCGUGUCGCCGACUUCCGGCCGCCGCCAUCUUCCUCGCGCGGAAGCCGGCUUGUAGGGUGGGCUCUCCGUGGCGAGCGCGGUGGGUAGUGCGUGCGGCCGGUGCCAUGCCGUCAUCGCCGCUGCGGGUGGCGGUGGUGUGCUCGAGUAACCAGAAUCGGAGCAUGGAGGCGCACAACAUCCUCAGCAAGCGUGGUUUCAGUGUCCGCUCCUUUGGAACAGGAACUCAUGUGAAGCUCCCAGGACCAGCACCUGACAAGCCCAAUGUUUAUGACUUCAAAACCACAUAUGACCAGAUGUACAAUGAUCUCCUCAGGAAAGACAAAGAACUCUAUACACAAAAUGGAAUUUUACAUAUGUUGGACAGAAAUAAAAGGAUCAAGCCCCGGCCAGAAAGGUUCCAGAACUGCAAGGACCUGUUUGACUUGAUCCUCACUUGUGAAGAGAGAGUCUAUGACCAGGUUGUAGAAGAUCUGAACUCCAGAGAACAGGAGACCUGCCAGCCAGUACAUGUGGUCAACGUGGACAUCCAGGACAAUCAUGAGGAGGCCACCCUGGGGGCCUUCCUUAUCUGCGAGCUCUGCCAGUGUAUCCAGCACACGGAGGACAUGGAGAAUGAGAUCGAUGAGCUGCUGCAGGAGUUUGAGGAGAAGAGCGGCCGGGCCUUUCUGCACACCGUCUGCUUCUACUGAGCCACCUGUGGUUGGUGCGUGGCCUGCCCUGCACAGCCACCUUGGAGCCACUUUUUCCAUGUGUUUUCCCUUCUGAUGUUUGUUUAUACUGCUAGGUGCACAGCACCAAUGCACUGUACAUAUGGGAUGAGAAGUACACAGAAAUGCCAGGUUCAAAUCCAUUGUUUUUAACCAAAAGAAAUAAAAGAUGGUUUACUGUACAGCCUAAAGCACGUGUCCGUUG